AAAGCCGCGCCCAUUUGUUUACAAAUGUUACUGGUUUUGUUGUCGAUUUAUAAAGUUUAAUAAUGUUUAAUUACAGUUUCCUUUUACUGUGCGCUGCUAUAUUAUUAAUAUUUUCUUAUAAUGUAAUAGCGCAAUUCGACUGGCAAAUUCGUGAUGGUUUUGAUGAUAUCUCAUCUCGAAUGAUUAAAGUUGGAGCUGGCAAUUGUAAAGUUGUAGAUAGAAAUGCUUUGUUUUUACCUCCUGACUCAGUUACUCAUAUUCCCAAUAUUCGACAAAUCGGUAUUGAUCCUGUUCUACCGAAUAGAACAAAUCUACUACAAAUUCAUAAUAUGGCUUUAUCUAGGGCAUUCUUUUACAGUUUCAUUCUUCAAAGAGCGGCUGAUGACAAUGAACCAGGAUUCAUGUAUUAUUUCCUGUCUGCAAUAUCUGAUGUUGCAGCUAACAGAUUCAUAAAUGCAAGCUCAAUAUAUUUUUCACCCAACAUGUCAUUCACACCUUCUUACAAGGGAUUUUUUAACAAAACCAUGCCUCUCUUUGCACCUCGCGCAUUUAGAUCUGAUGAUUUUAAUGAUCCUUUCCAUCUGGAACGAAUAUCAACUUUGAAUACCAUAGAAGCAAUAGAUUUGGGUGCAGUACCAAACAAUUCUUUAAGUAUGAAUUAUACGCACUCACAUUACAAGAUUAAUGAUUGGUAUUCAUCCUGGUUACCUGAUCUUACAAAGAGACAAGAUUCAAAGACUACUUAUUCAGUACAAAUUACUCACGCUAAUGGAACUAAUGAGACAUUUGUUUGGCACGGACCGCCUGCUGCCUCUGAUAACCCUGGGCCAUUGAAAUGGUUUAAACCUUAUUUUGAUUGUGAAAGAUCCAAUAAAUGGAUAUUUGGAGCCACUGUUCCAAUUCCAGAUAUUUUCCCAAGACAUACACAAUGGAGACAUAUUGAAAUUCCUACUUAUGUUGCGGUUGCUGUUAUGGAAGUCGAUUUUGAAAGAAUUGAUAUAAAUCAAUGUCCAACUGGAGAAGGAAAUCCUCCACCUAAUCGUUAUGCUGGUACUGCCAGAUGCAAAAAUGAAACUACUGAGUGUGAACCCAUUCAUGGCUUUGGGUUUCGUCGUGGUGGAUACCAGUGCCGCUGUUUACCAGGCUUUCGCUUGCCAAAAGUCCUCAGAAAUCCUUUCCUGGGUGAAGUAGUGGAGAGAGCACCCUACGAUCAAUACCGCAAAGGAUUUCACUGUGAAAGAAUAAAUUAUAUGAUGGUCAUGACACAAAAUGUUGAAAGGUUAUCAGAAGUUGAAAGAUGGAAAUUCAUCAAUCGUCAGUCUAUGUUUUUUGAUGUUGGCAACAUGACUGGAAGCAGAAUUGAUCCAUUGGUUGUCGUGGAUUAUGUUCGAACUGGAGUAACAAAAUUCAAUUGUGAAAAAGUCCGUCUUCAAAACCCUGAUUUAUUGUUCUUAAGGGGUGACAUAGCGUAUGGAAAAGAAAUCCAGCUGGAAAAUGAAGCUCGGAUGGCGUUACGCUUAGCCAACUUUAUAUCAUCCUUUUUACAAAUAGUGGAUCCCAAUGAUUUAUUUGCAGAGUUCCGAGUGCCCGACAGACCACUGACUGAAGAUCAAGUCAUCGGAGAAGCACUCUCUGCUGUAAUCGGCAAUGAAAAAAUACAAGGGUGUGGCAUUUAUUUUGACAGAAACCAAUUCAUCAACCGUACCCUUUUUGCUCCAUAUGCUUUCCGUAAAGCAAAGAAUACCCGUAGCUUUUUUGUUGAAGAUUUAGCACGGAAUGAGGAAAAGGACAGCUACUUAAAAAAAGAUUGGUUUAAGAAGUUAAAAAUCCAGUGGGCUGCAAAUACCGAUAAUUUGGAAACUUACACGACAAAAAUGAAGAUCCGCUACAAUUCGUCUGGACUUUAUAACAUCCAGUAUGAUCGAUAUCCACUACAGUACAAAGCUGCAGAGAUGAAGCAUGGCUACUGGUCUGUCCCUUAUUUUGAUUGCGGUGGCAUCCAUAACCAGUGGCUGUUAACUUUUGCCGCUCCAUUUUUCGGAUGGGAUAAAAUUAAAAGCAGGUUGGAGUUUAAGGGUGUUGUUGCUGUAAACAUGAAGUUAGAAGAAUUAGAUAUUAAUCAAUGUGAUGAUGAUAUGCAUUAUGUUCAGAAUGCAUUUAAAGGCACUCAUAAAUGUGAUCGUAGAUCAUCAAGAUGUGUUCCGAUUCUGGGCCGAGGCUUUGACACUGGUGGAUAUAAGUGUCAGUGCAACCAAGGCUACGAAUAUCCCUAUAAUGAUUACAUCACAUACUUUGAUGGACAAAUCACUGAAGCUGAAUUUGAGAAGCUUUUGAAGAACUUUCCCAGCCGGUUUGAUACUCUCAAGUGCCGAAUUGCUGGUGCCUCGGCUGUCACAGCCCAUUUAGUCUUUGUUUUAAUGGGUUUGUUGCUGCAUCGAUUUAUACUUCAUAUGCUGUGAGAAAAGUAUGUUCGUAAGAAAUAUACUCUUUUUGUAUUAAGAAUCUCCAUUUUACAUGAACUAAGUUUGGCACUCUAUUAGAUCACAAUCGAAGAGUUUGCUCCAAAAUAAUUUGCAUAAAAUAGUUGACCUUUUCAAACUACUUUUAACUACUUUUAGUUUUUCUUAAAAACGAUAUAUUUUAACAAAAACAAAUUGCUGUAGGUACAUUAAAAAUUAUCAUUUUUAUCAAAAGGUUUUCACCUUUCAUACCAUGAUAUUUUAGAGUUUUUAAUUGCUCAUAAUUUUAAUUCAGGGGUAAUUUUAAUUUCAGGGAUUGUUGAUUUUUUUUAAUAAAUCAAAAAAUCAUGUUAUUUUUGUUAUAUGCAUUAAAAAUCUUCCUGCGAAAGAUUUUACAAAUUGAGUUUUACAUUCCAUUAUAUUGAAUUUUAUCAAAGAAAAUAUAGCUCAAAAUAUAAUUCAAAAUUACUUAGCAAUUAUAUCAAAUAAAUUGCAAACUAUUGACAAUUAUCUGCUUUGGACAAAUGCUUUCAUUCCUAAAUUAAACUAUUUUUAAUGUUGUUAGUGUAUUAUAACAAAUAAAAAUGUUUAUUGUUGGCACUUAAAAUUUAGUUAUUUUGAUUUUUAAAAAAUUCACGUAGGUUGCUGCAUAGCAGUUAUGUAAUUUUUAAUUUUAUAGUAUAGUGUAUUUUUGGGUAUUGUUGCAUUUAUGUUAUACAAAUGUUGUAUUUUUGUGUGUAAUUUUAUAUUAUUUCUCGGUGAUUUAGUUACAUUCCUCUUUUUUUCUAAAUGAAUCAAAAUUAUUGUUUUUAUCAUGUUUUUAGAUAUUUGUUUACUUUUAGAUCUGCUAUUGUUUCAAGUCCUCUACUUUUUUUGCAUUAAUAAGUACCGUUAUAGUCAUUUGUUUUGAGCAAAAUAUGUUUCUCAGAAUCGAUAUUUUAUUAUAAACCUCUUUAAAAUAUGAUCUCUUGUUAUAAAAUUUGUUUAGAUAAAAAAAAUUUAAAAAAUUGUGUAAAUUUAAAACAAAAACUUGUUGAUUUCCUUUUCUUUUUUAAAAAAAUGUACAACCUGGUUGCUUUAUUGCAUAACCAAAUUUCUCCCAUGUGUGAUUCCCUGUGCAAUGAUUAAUUGCCAUUGACAGUUGGUACUUUUUACCAACUUAUCCCUGUAAUGUGGCUAUGCAAGAUUUAAAAAUUAAUUUCAAAUCGUAAUAUGUUUAUGAUUUUUUUCUUUAAGUUAACUAAUUUCUUUUUAUAAUUGUUUAAAAUUAUAAACUUGUGUGUGUUAUUAUAUUUAAUUCUGCAAGGAAACAUCUAAUAUAUAUCUAUGGUGACUAUAACAUAGCAAUGGGAUUUCCCUAGGAAUAAAAAAGGGCAGGGUGCUGCCUCUCA